GUUGUGAUAAACUUAUUAAAUAGACUCUGAAUGUCCGCAGCUGAAGUGAUAAAACUCGUUGAUCAGUUGUAUGGUCAGUCCGGCGAUAAAUCCUCAAAAUCAGUUGCUGAUAAGAAGUUACAGUCUUUUCAAUCUACAUCUUCGGCCUGGCCUGUUUCACUAGAGCUUUUGACAAAGGCUAACCCUCCUGAAGUGUAUUAUUUUGCAGCAAAUACGCUGAGAACAAAAAUACAAGACAGUUUUGCUGAAAUCGGUAAUGGCUGGCAGGAAAUACGUGACUCGAUUUUGGGAAUACUUCUUGGGUCUACUGUUUUCUCGAAGUCAACCAAUAGCCAGCUUUCAGUAGCUGUAGCACACUUGGCUUUACAAUGCGAAGAAUGGAACCAUUGCUUAUUACAUUUGAAAAGUUUUGUGAACCCUUCGUCUUCUGCCAGGACAGCUUUGGUGGUUAUGCAGAUUUUGCAGUACAUCCCAGAAGACAUCGAUAGCAAAAGACUGGAGUUGGGAGAAAACAGACGAAAUAAACUUAAACUCGAAUUCAGCCAAGAUGCUCCACAAUGUAUCGACUUAUUCGCUUCACUACUCAAAAUACAGUGUACAGAAAGAGAAGAAGUGUUACUCCGAAUAUUCAAAUGUCUCACAAGUUGGCUCAGAGCAGAUUUGAUCCAUACUAGUGCGAUAAACAGUGGAUCUUUUUGUGAUUUGUCUUUUCACCUUCUCAAGGAAAAUUCGACAACCUCUCAAUCACAUGAAGUUUUGACGGAUUUUGUCUGUGCCGUUGUGCAAGCGUGUUUUAAACAAGCGACGUCGGAUGAGUUUUUGGCCAAAGUGUACGACGGAGUUGUGCAGUUGAGGGAGCCAUACAUUAUGUCGGUUGCACAUGAAGAUGCCGAGAAAUCUAUGAACUUUGUCACUAUUUUCGCAUCCACUGCCGAAGUUUUUCUAGAUUCGAUUCAAUCGCUUUCAAACAAUGGAAUCGGCAGCAAAGUCAUCCUUGACAUGCUGCUGGACUGUUGCGGACACUAUGAUUUCGAAAUAGCUCUGCACACUUUCAACUUCUGGUUCGCUUUUGCCGAGUCAAUCUCAAGACAGAGCAACAGCGAAGAAUUUAUCUCUCAGUUUGCGCCCUAUUAUGAACGUCUUAUUGUGUCCCUGUUCAGAUUGUGUCAGUUGGAACCAGAUAGAAGUGAUUUGUUGAGUAUGAAAGAUGACUUUUACGAGUUCAGAAAUCUAGCCAGGGAUCUCAUCAUGGAGUCCGUACAGAUUGUGCAUCCUAUGAAGAUUGUAGUCAUGGCCAAAAGUGUGAUCGAAACACAGAACGCCUGGGAGAGCAUAGAAGCUGCAAUCUUCGUUCUGAACGCAGUGGCCAAGUUCAUCCAUAGAGAGGAAAAUGAAGUCACCCCACCCCUAUUCGAGAAAGUCCUGGCUAUUGGACAUCAUCAGACGCAUGUAUGUGUGGGCUUUGCGGUGCUGCAGUUCCUAGGAGAACUGGGCACGUGGGUGAGCAACCACCCGAACUUCCUCGAAGGAAUCAUUCAGUUCCUGGCCACAAGACUGAGCUGCAAGGAGUUGAAUGACUGUGCCUCGUCUGCACUUCUCAACAUCUGCUGUUCCAACGCAGAACAGCUGGCACCACAUUUCGACUCCCUCUGCGAACUUCUGAAGUACUUUGACCUCCAGAAACAGAAGUCAUCCGAGGACCUCAUACAGGGGCUAGUAUGCAUCCUGAACCACAAGCCGAACCCAGAAUUGAAAGUGGGCUUCGAAAAACUUGUCAAGUUCUGCAUCGAAAGCGCUGCCAACUCCGCCGACCAACAUGCAGAACAGAAAUCAGAACAAUACUUGUCACCGGAAAGCGAAAAAGCAGCAGGAGACGCUUCUGGAAACGACAGUCCUCUCAGACCCUACAUCCCAGUUUUGGACAGGAUCUCAAUUUUACUCCAGUACGUCAGACCUAAAGAGGAAACCCCCCAUGAUUCGGGAGGAGACGCGACGAGUGAACAUCCUUGCAAACAAGUAAUUGGGCAGAUUUUGCCACUUGUGUUGGGUAUUUUGCACCAGUACAAAAUGUCGGAGAAGAUUUCGGAAAAGGGAUGCAGGACUCUGCGCUACUCGUUGAGGUGUCUUGGCCUGCAUUUUGAAGCCUACUUGGCAGACUUGGUGCAGAAUUUGGUGGAUUUGUACACGCAGAAUGGAUUCUCCUGCUAUUUGUAUCUCGGAGGUAUAGUGGUGGAUGAGUUUGGCGCCUGUGGCCAGUACAACCAGGGACUGUCCGCCCUAUUCGACCACUUCUCAGCCAGGGCUCUGAAUGAGUUUACGGAAGAGGACGGGUUCAGAAACCACCCAGACACAGUGGACGACUUCUACAGACUGAGUAUCCGAAUCACCCAGAAGUGUCCCGAAGUGCUGAUUGGGUCGGAUAAGUUCGCACCUGUGUUCGACGCUGCCAUCUGUGCGUUGCACCUGGACCACAAGGAAGCUCUGAUCUCAGUGGUGGAGUUUAUAGACACUCUCUUCUCAACAGCAUCUGCGAAAAACAAUGCAAACAACAACAUCAGCAUCACUAAUAGUAACAGUACUAACUCAGACAACACGUCACAGCUGAGAAGCAAGAUGAGCGAAAUGUUAUCCACGCACGGGCAUAAACUCCUCACUCAGGCCAUUGCAGCUGCAGUUUUCAGUCUGCCCAGAUACUUGCUGCCAGACAUCAGUCUGGUGUUCCAAACUGUCUCCCAGUUCGACCGAGACUCCUUCUGCAUCCUCCUCGCCCAGGCAUUUGAAGCCCUCUCCCAGAGAAACGAAACAGCCGCCAAAAAUGUAUCCCCUCAACAACUCAGAAGCAUCUACGACGCAAUUGUUCACGACUCGAACUACAGGCCGGUUGGAAGAACUCUGAAAAAUCUAGUCAAGUUUUACAGAUGAACUACUUGGCUAUUGAGUGAAUAUUUGAUCGUUAUUGUAGAUUUAUGUUGAUUUAAAAAUGAGAGUUUUCAAGUCUCA